AUGGGCGUUUUGUGCUCCAUACUUAAAGACGGCGAGGAAGCGCCGGAUAGUGAAUUCAAAGAGGUCCAAAGAGAGAAGCCGAGGUCUAGUAUCUUAAAGAUGCCUCAAUCUGGAAGACCUGGGACAAGAGCAAAGGAACUUUGGCGCGUUGCGAUCGAGAAGAGAGAAUUCGAUACUCCAGAGGAUUAUACCAAAGCUCUCAAAAGUCUUCAGCUAGCUGAACGGAGAACUGCCUUUGAUGCGGAAGCUGAAGAGCUGGCUUCAAACGUGGAGAAAAGGGCGGCAAAAAUUGUGCGCAGAAUCAGAAAUUACGAUUGGGACAAGACUUAUGGAAAACCCGUCGAUGGGAAAGGUCUUGCUACUGGUAAGAGAGCUCAAGGAGAGCACUUUUUGGGGAACGUGGAUCUCAUCAAUGGCACGAAGUUGAUGGAAAUUGCGAAACGGAUGCCAAAGGGCGCUCACCUUCACAUCCAUUUCAAUUCCUGUUUACCAGCACGAUUCUUGAUACAACAAGCGAGGGACGUCGAUGCAAUGUACAUUCGGAGCACUCUUCCUCUAACGAACUCGGAGAAUUACGCAGCUUCACGAAUAUCUUUCAUGGUAAUGACACCUCAUGAAGCGACUCACGAGAAGGGCGAGGAGAAAGAAAUCUAUGUUCCUCUGGGGAAUGUUUGGGAUACAGAUUACGUCCCCAAUAGAUGGAUGUCAUACAAGAAAUUCCAAGAAGAAUUCAACUUCAUGAACGGAAAUUGUCAAACGCUGAGCGGUACAACCGGUGCUGAAACAUGGCUUGAGAGAAAAAUGCAAAUAUCGGAAGAUGAAGCUCAUGGUUGUACUCAAACUGGUCGCGGUAUCUGGGAGAAGUUUAAUUAUAGGACUCAGAUGAUGAAAGGACUAUUUGCUUAUGAGUCGGCAUUUCGAAAUUAUACCCAAGAGUGCAUCAAGGAUUUUGUCAAGGACAAUAUUCAAUAUGCUGAGAUACGUCCCAAUUUCAUGGCUACGAAUUCACUGAAGUCUGAUGAUGGUACGAAAACUAUUGGUAAUGAAGGGAUUAUGAAAAUUAUCGAUGAAGAACUCCACAGGACCAUGCAGGAGAUUCGGAAUGACAAGCAGUAUUUCGGAGGCAUGAAAGUCAUAUAUUGCACGCCUCGCUCAUUUGAUAGGGUCCAGAUCGAGGUAGCGCUUGAUGAGUGCAUUACCUUGAAGAAGAGAUACCGAAAACUCCUGUGUGGUUUCGAUCUCGUGGGCCACGAAGAGAUGGGUAAUGAACUUCGACAUUUCGUGCCCGAAUUCCUUGCAUUUCGGCGAGAAUGCCGAGACCAAAAGCUAGACAUACCAUUUCUAUUUCAUUGCGGGGAGACACUAGAGGUCGGCGAUAAAGUGGACGGCAAUCUUUACGAUGCGAUAUUACUGAACGCGAAGAGAAUCGGGCAUGGUUAUGCAAUCGCGAGACACCCUGUCCUCAUGGAAAUAUUCAAAGAAAAGAACAUCGCGAUCGAAUCAUGUCCUAUUUCUAAUGAGGUCCUUGGUCUCACUCCCAGUAUUGCAGCACAUAAUCUCCCAAUAUUACUAGCAAACGAUGUGCCUUAUCAUCCUUAUCCCAUGAUUUCUAUCAACUGUAUGGAUACUGAGGAGAAGAAAGAAGUCACGAAGGAAUGGACUACCAGAUGGAAAGAUUACUGUCAAUGGAUUGUUGAUAAUUAUAGUUGGGUAAACGACUGGACACCGGCACCUGGUCGACAUUGA